AUGACUGAAUACUGUGCUAGGGGACUAUUCCCCUUUAUCUGUUCGAGGAGAUUCUCCUCGGCGGUUUUCCACCGACGAUAUCAUGUCGUCCAAAUAAGCCCUGUCAAUGAUCUCAUCGCACCAACUGCCAAGAGGUUCCUUUUAGGAGUGUACAAGAGGCUCACCACACCCCGCACCAGCCCACACCCCACCACCUCCCACCAAAAGCCUUCUCACAAACGGACCAUCACGAUGGCGGCGCCAAUACUAAACGUAGAGUCCGCAAAACGCCUUGCAGCUCACCGCGCAGUAGACGAGCACUUCCCCGCCCAUGCCCGCCAUGUCGGUAUCGGCUCCGGGUCCACCGUCGUCUACGUCGUUGAGCGGAUUGCACAGCUGUCGCGCGAAAUCACCGACGGGAUUAUCUUUGUCCCCACAGGCUACCAGUCGCGCGAACUUAUCUUGCGCGCCGGUUUGAAGCUAGGAAGUAUCGAAUUGCAUACUGACCUCGAGGUCGCAUUCGAUGGCGCAGACGAGGUAGACCCGUACCUCAACUGCAUCAAGGGCGGUGGGGCAUGCUUGUUCCAGGAGAAGCUAGUCGCUAUCUCUGCGAAGAAGUUCGUUGUUGUCGCUGACUACCGUAAACUUUCACCUUCACUCUCGACUCAUUACGCUCCUGGUAUCCCCAUCGAGGUCGUCCCCACCGCCGCAAACCAUGUUCUCUCCCGCCUAAUAUCGCUCGGUGCUGUAAACCCCGCUAUCCGCAUGGGCGGCGCCUCCAAAGCUGGACCCUGUAUUACUGACAACGGGAACUUCAUCAUUGAUGCGCCUUUCCCCGACGGUUUCAUUCCGUCCCCUACCUCACGUCUGUCACAUCAGCGCAGUAUCUCUCCCACGAGCUCUUCAAUCGGCUUAGAUGCCGGUGCUGUACAGAUGGGCGGUGAGCGUGUUGGAGGUCUCGAUAUCCUAGGCAAGGAGGGAGGUCACCCUGGGGCGGCGGUAGGAAUGGGAGUGGGCGGGAACGAGAAGGUUGAAGAACUCGCUAGGGUUUUGAAGAAUAUCGUGGGAGUAGUGGAGCAUGGUGUGUUCUGGUCGGGGGAUAAGAAGCCCGUGAUGGCAUAUUUUGGGAUGGAGGAUGGUAAAGUGGAGACAAGGACGUUGCAUGUAUAG